GUCUUGAUCAAAAAGCAGGGUAAACCCAGCAUGUCAUUCCACGCGGAAAAUCAGGGGAGGAAUUUUGUGAAGGCAGUGAGUCCUUCACUUAAGAACGGAAUUAGCUCUCUCAAUGCCUUAACCAUCAGCCUCUUAGCUACAGAUAAAGACCUUCUGUAUGUGGCCAAAAAUGAUUCAAAGUUCAGGGAAAUUAGGAGUGCUAUAGUUGGUGCACAGCAAAAGCUGGGGGAGGCCGAGUCGGCUGCAUGUGGGGAACUCAAAUUGGUAGAUUAUCGCUUUGAAAAGCUGACGGUUAUAAAGGGGAAUCUAUCUAGACAGCAGGAAAACACAAAAAAUAAACUACAAAUUUAAAAAUUGAGCAAAGUAAUAACAAAGCCACGCUAGACAUGUAUAAAGCAAAUAAAAACUCUGCAGAGUAUCGUCUUAGAGAAGUACGUGAGGAGCUCAUGCAUCACAAGAGGCAAGUGGAGGAGGCAGAAGCUCUAAGGGAUGCUGGAUUUGGGAUCACAUUUAUUCCCAUUCUCGGAUGGAUUGCUGGUCCAAUAAUGAUGACAGCGGCUGAAAAUGACAUUGAAAAUGCAACUUUCUGUGUCAGUCAGGCAGAGGAAACAGUUGAACAAUUUGACUCCCAGGUGCGAGGGUUCAGCUGGAAAGUGUCUACCUGUGAGAGAAAAAUCGAUCAGACUCGCAAUGAGAUUUCAAAGACAGAGGAUGAGCUGAGGCAGACAUGCUGGGAGAUUAAGGACAUCCUAAUGCAGCGGAAGAAGAUUGCUGACUUCCAGGAGAAGAUGAGGAGCUCUGUCAAAGUUCUUGGUUGUCUUGCUGGGACAUGCAAUGUGGCAGAAAUCCAAACACGCUGCUUUGUGUUGCUGGAGGCGAUGAUGAAGAUAUUGCAGGACUUUGUCGCACUGGCGGAAGGGCUCAGAGAAGAUCGCCUUCUCCGUGAUGAAGGCAUUAAAGCCCUCAUCACAAACCUGCAAGUCAACUACAUCAAACUUAAGGCCAUUGCUGUGCCUCCUGAUACCUCUGCCAUUGAAAAUUACAUAUGAGUUUUCCAUUCAUUUUGUGCAUGACUUAUGCUUCUUUGUCUUUGCCUUUUUGGUGGUGUGUAGGGGUGGUGGUAGAAAGGGGAAUAGCCUUCACAAAUGUAUUGUAUGCCUACCUGCUUAAGGCUUUGCAAAAGCUGUCUUUAUACUGAGUGGUUAUUUUAAAAUUCUAUUAAUGGAGGUGAAGUAAAAAUGCACUUCACCCACAGUUAACCAUGAC